CAAUACUAAUUUCUUCUUCUUGCUCUCGCUCAUCCUCUGUUUUUGCUUUACAACAGGUGUUGUGUUUGUGUCUGCUCAAACACAACAGUACUUGGAGGACGGAUCUUUCACACCAAACAGCACUUUCAACAAGAACCGUAUCUCUCUCCUCUCUUCUCUUCCUUCUAACGUCACUGCUCGAAAAACCUUCUUCUAUAAUGCUUCUCUUGGCCAAGAUUCGAACAGAGUUUAUGCUCUAGCUAUGUGUAUUCCUGACUCCAAAACAGAGGAUUGCUCAAAUUGCGUCGAGACCACUUCGGAUGGACUUAUCAAAAACUGUCCUAACAACACCCAAGCUUUUCAUUGGUCAAGUGGUGAAAAGACUCUCUGUUUCGUACGUUACUCGAGCCGUUCUUUCUUUGGCUCAGCCGAUAUGGACCCGCGUCAGAUUAUUCCCAACGUCACGGAUGUCAAAUCGAACUUGAACGAGUUUGAUAGAGUUUGGCAAGAUUUUAUGCUUCGUGUGGUGAACUUAGCUUCUUCUAGCUACUAUGAAGCUCAGAUUAGUCCCUUGGGAUCUGAAUAUAGGAUGAUGAUCUACACGAUUAUGCAGUGUAGUUCUGGUAUAACGAGUGCUGAUUGCAACACCUGUUUACGAAACAACGUUGGCGAUUAUCAAAACUGUUGUCGUGGGAAACAAGGUGGUCUUGUUACUCGUCCAAAUUGCUUUUUCCGGUGGGAAUUUUAUCCUUUCUAUGAAGCUUUUCAUAACAUUUCAUCCCCCGCCAAGAAAGAUUCUCCAAUGGUGAAAAUUUUGGUUCCAAUUCUCGUCGUCGUUUCACUAUCCGUCCUUGGAUUUGUUCUUUACCGGAGGUGGAAGAAGAAGAAGGACGUAUCUAGAGAGACUUACCAUGAUAUAGGCUUUACUGAAGUUGAUGCUAUGUCUUCACUGAAGUUCGAAUUCCGUACCGUUCAAGCUGCAACAAAUGACUUCUCGGAGGACAGUAAACUCGGGGAAGGUGGAUUUGGUCCAGUGUACAAGGGAAAGCUUCAAAACGGUCAAGAAAUAGCGGUAAAAAGAUUAGCCAUACGUUCAGGACAAGGAGAUGAAGAAUUCAAGAAUGAGGUUUUGCUAUUAUCUAAACUCCAACACAGAAAUCUAGUUAAGCUUCUAGGAUUUUGCUUACAAGGCGAAGAGAGGCUUCUCAUUUACGAGUUUGUUCCCAAUUCAAGCCUUGAUCAUUUCAUAUUUGAGGUUGCUAAAUCGAAACCAGUAGACUCUCAAUCUUUAAGGACUAACUGGAGCACACGGUACUACAUUAUCGUCAACAUUGCUCGAGGGAUUCUCUAUCUUCAUGAAGAUUCUCGUCUCAAGAUCAUUCACCGUGACUUGAAACCUAGUAACAUUUUGUUGGAUUAUCAGAUGAACCCUAAGAUUUCAGAUUUUGGGAUGGCGAGACUGUUUGAUUCGGAUAAUCCGACACAAGGCCUAACAACAAGCAGAGUCAUGGGAACUUACGGGUAUAUGGCGCCGGAAUACAUAGCUCAAGGACGAUUUUCAGUUAAAACCGAUGUUUACAGUUUCGGGAUAAUGGUUCUUGAGAUCAUAUGUGGCCGGAAGAACAAUAGCUUUCAACCAAGCGGUGUACCUUUUCAUGCCUGGAUGAAUUGGCGUGCGGAUCGAGCACUGGACAUUGUCGAUUCAGUGAUCACAAAGAAUGUUUCGAGAAACGAGAUAAUGAAAUGCAUCAACAUUGGACUUUUAUGUGUUCAAGAGAGUGUGACAAAAAGACCAAACAUGAACUCAGUUGUUCAUUGGCUCAAUAGUAACUCACUGACUCUUCCGGUUCCAUCAACCCCUGCGUUUGUUGUCCACGACGAGUCAAGUGAGGCUUCUCGAGUUUCACAGGUCACGGUUUCAAUCACUGAUCCUGAGCCACGGUGAAGAUUUGUUAUUCUACGCUUUCAUAAACUCUGCUUUUGUAGAUUUUUGUUAUGAACUUAUGAGCCUCGUAGAUAAAUAAGAAAGCCAAAGCA